GUCGGCCUCCGUCAGGCGAGGUAGCUACUCCUUACUUGGUCCAAAUUUCUCACUAUUGCUCUCACUUUUGUGAGUGUGGUGUAUAGUGUAGUGAUAGUGGGUAGUGUUGUGGAGGUGGAGGCGACGCUAGAGCAGGAGAGAUGCCCCGUGUCAAAGGCGAGAAGGGCCAGUCGGCCAUUGAUAAGGUGGUGACCCGGGAGUACACCAUAAAUAUGCACAAGCGGCUGUAUGGUGUAUCUUUCAAGAAGAGAGCUCCCCGUGCUAUUAAGGAAAUUCGCAAAUUUGCCAAGAAGCAAAUGAACACAGAGGAUGUGCGCAUUGAUACCAGAUUGAAUAAGCACAUUUGGUGCCGUGGCAUCAGGAAUGUUCCAUUCCGGAUUCGUGUUCGUCUCUCGCGUCGUCGUAACGAAGAUGAAGAUUCGACACAACCCUUUUACACUCUAGUUACGUUUGUGCCUGUUGCUUCAUUCAAAGGACUUGGAACUGAAAAUGUCGAUGAAGGUUCCGAUGAUUGAAUGUUGAACCAAUAAAAGAAAAAAAAUUUA